UUUUUAGCCAAACGCGUGAGUUUAAUGGUGAUUAAGUUUGUCCGUGGUUUUGCAUUAUGGUUCUUUGGCAGCUGCGGUUUAGCGAUAACAAAAAGAUAAGGUUAAAAUGCCCUAAUAAGAAAACAGUUCUGUCGGCUUGUGGUAUAGGACUACUCGUGGUCAUAAUUGAGCUGGGAAAUUUAUAUAAAAAAGAAAGGUCAAACGAGUCGACGACACGGUAUAAAAACAAAUGUUCACUUGUGCAAAAUGUACAGAUGGCAAUUGACUAUUGCAUCACGUCAAAACGAUAUAACAACAAAUGUUCACUUGUGCAAAUUGUACAGCCGACAAUUUACUAUUGCAUCAUAUUGUUUUGGUGUAGAUUCAGGAAGUUGACAGUUUGCGUAGCCGCCUGGCGCUGAUAGUAUUUGGUGUAAUGUGGUUAUGUUGUUUAUAGCUUGCGUGUUAAAGCACGAUUUAUGAGCGAGAAACCUGUAGAACAUUAACCACGCUUUCGAUAAGACCGUAGAGUUAUACAAGCAAAUAUUACCUGCUUAUAUUGACUGUAUAUGUGAGAGUGAAAUUAGAGCCGAAAAUAUAAGAUCGAUAUGACACAUAUGGCGAGAAUUUGUUAACAAACCUAAUUUUUAUUUAAACAACAUCUUCGUUUUUUUCUGGUCAGAAAGUAUUUAUUAUAGCGUUUUGUCAGAACGACAAGAUUGUCUGAGAUAAAUGCAGAAAUGAGCACAACGUUGGCUUUCGCCAGAGAUGAAAAUGCAACUACAGCAGAGUUGGGAAAUAUGACCGUGCCUGGAAUUCCAAAUAACCUUAUUCCAUGCCCACGCAUGAUGCCAGAAUUGGUCGUUGGAAUAAUACUUGCAGUCGGUAUUGUGGCUUCAAACUUGGCGUGUAUGAAGCUACGUACAUUUACCAAAACCUACAAAAUGUCUCAGCACCCAGAGAGCAAGUACUUCGUUUUCAAUCUGGCAAUCAGUAACAUUUUGUGCGGAACCGCGCUUCUGGUAACCAAUAUAUUGGAUAUAAUCCGCUUGCUUCAUGGCGAUAUAUCAGUCGACUCGUGCUUUAAACUAUGUCAGAUAUGGGCGCCUGUGUAUAUUUAUUGUGUCAUGAUUCCAUACGUUGUCUUGGCAACGCUGGGCGUGGACAUCGCCUACUAUUGUCACCAUUCAAUGGAUUAUCAUAGGCGUAUGACGCCAUGGAAACUUCGUACAAGUCUUGCAUCUGGUUGGAUGUACACCCUGCUGGUCGUGGGCAUUGCAUUUGUAGCGCACCCUCAAAUCUUAUGCGACAAGACGCGCUGGGAGUUGGACAUAUUUUUCAUCAUAUUCCCAAUCUUCCUGAUGCUACUCCCUGCCUGUUUCGUUGUCGCCAUUUUCGCUCACACUAUUCGUCUCUACUGGAUUGGAUCAAAGAGACUGGCCAGACAUAUGAGUGUGUACAAAGUCGGGCCAAAUACCGAAACUAAAGCCUGGUUGGUUCGCAAGUUUGUACGGAAAUUUGCGCACUUGAUCGUCUUCUCCAUUUUAUGUGGUCUCGUAUACACAGUGACUACAAUAGUGGAAGUGUCAUUAGAGUUCAAUCAACACAAGAGACUGUGCAUCCUAUACCGACUUGAUCGUGUGUUCAUAUCGUUGAAUUCUCUACUUUCACCGUGGAUAUACGUGCUCAACGUUAAAAAAGUAUUCCGUAGACGAAGUCUGAGCAGCAGCGUUCGUAAUACGACGCUGUCUCGCUUUGGAUCUUCUAGUCGAAGAUCGGACCGUGUCGUGCCCACCAAUGGUAAUCCGCCUGAACCCCGGACCCGCAACGGAAGCAGCACUCAUGUUUCUUCAACCGCAGCUGAAAUGUACGUAAAGUCGCCCAUGGUGCUGUCAAUCCUGCCCAAACUAUCUAUACCGGGGCAAUCGCCUACUUAAUGCGUUGUGAAUACAACUGCUUUUGCAUGUUGAGUCAUUCCGUGUUUUGGGGCAUUUCGUGUAUAAUGUUGCAGUGCUCGUCACCAAACUUGCUAAGUGGCACACGUCGCUCAUAUUUCGUCACUGUACAAACACCGACCGAUGCUUCCAAUGUUUUUAUACUUACAAUCUUUUAACUUUUAAUUUUGAUUAACCAUUACAAACGUGUACGCGAUUUCAUUUAUUUAAGAUGCAAAGUUUUAUUGAGAAUUUCGAAUUCCUAUUAAAUGUAAUAAGGCGCCUUCCUAUCCCGAUGGUGUGUUCUUCCAAUUUUGUAUUGUUGUUCGCCUUCCUCUAUUGUAAUGAUGUAUUCUUUUUGUUGUGCUUUUCCGUUUAUAUUUUUAUGGUGUUUAUGCUUCGCAUGAAACGUUUUGAUUUUAAAGGUCAUUUUCGUGUUUUGAUUAACUGAUAUUCAGUUUCCCCUGGUGUUGUUGUGACCACAUGCACCGAGUUUGAAUAAAACGAUUAAACAUUAAA